AUGUUUUCAACACCGGCAUCUGUUGCUAGUGAGUCGUCAGGCUAUGACUUUGAGAAAGAGGAAAAUGCUGCUAAGUGGAAAGGAGUAUUUGUCAAUUCUCUUAGAAAGGUUUUGGAGCAAGUACAUCCGAGUUUGGAGGCUAGACAAGAUGCACUGGAUUACGUAGAGAGUUUGAUCCUCAGGAUGCUGGGAAUGUUGUGCGGUCAUCCACCUCCUCAUACACCUCAGGAUAUUGAAGAGAGAGUUAGAAAAACUUUUCCCACUCCAAUUGACAGAUGGGCACUUCGUGAUGCACGAGAUGCAUUAGAAAAAGGGAAAAAAAAAUCGCCUUUAGUCUUGCCUGUUGAUAAAAUCCAUCAAUUGUUACAAAAGGAAGUGUUGCAGCACAAAAUCGAUUCUCAAGUGUUGAUGGAUAUGUUCUAUCAAGAUGACUGUACGGAAGGCCUACAAAGCAGUCUAGGUGCUGUGGUUUCUCAAACUUAUGAAGAAUCCGUUCGAGAUCUCAUUCACGAUGAACGACAUUAUUUAAGAGAUUUACAUAUGAUUAUUAAGGUAUUUCGAGAAGAAAUCGCAAAGCUUGCACCGGAUAAAGGUGAACUAGAAAAACUCUUCAGUAACAUUAUGGACAUUUACGAGGUAACAGUGACACUAUUAGGAAGCCUCGAGGAUAUAAUGGAAAUUACGGAAGAAAAACAAACGCCUACAGUAGGGUCAUGUUUUGAAGAGCUUGCUGAAGCUGAAGAGUUUGACGUCUAUAUAAAAUAUGCUGAAGCUAUGAAUAGUCCAGAUAGUCGUGAAGUUUUAACGAGGUUAUUGUCAAGGCCUGAAGCUAAUGCAGCAUUGAGAGCUGCUGGUCAUGGUUUUAAAGAAGCUGUUAAAUAUUAUUUGCCAAAAUUAUUAAUGCAACCAGUAUGGCAUUGUUUUUUAUAUUUUGACUAUAUUAAGGUAUUACAAAAACGCACACCAAGUACAGAAGACAGUGAGACCCUGGAGCAAGUUCAAGGUCUCUUGAGGCCACUUCAGAUGAAGCUCUUGCAGUCAGUAGCAAGUCUUCCAAAAAAAGACACCGGUUUACGAAUGCAGAGUCGGGCAAGACGGCACGCUGCGUUAGAAAAAACAAGUGAGCUCCAAAAAACUGUUGAUGGUUGGGACCAACGUGACAUUGGCCAGUGUUGUAAUGAAUUUAUCCGUGAGGACAUGUUACGUAAAGUUGCUAGUAAUGGACGUAGAUUAACUGAAAGGAGGGCAUUGUUAUUUGAUGGUUUGUUAGUUUUAUGUAAACCCAGUGGUGGUAAACGUGUUAGUGUUACUGUUGCGGCUGUUGGAGUUGGUGGUGGGCAUCCCAAUCAUCAGGGUGAACUUCGUUUGAAAGAGCGGUUUUUUAUUAGAAAAGUUGACAUUAUUGAUCGAGAAGACACUGAGGAAUUUAAAAAUGCAUUCGAAAUUGCACCAAGGGAUCACCCGAAUGUUAUUCUUGUUGCUAAAUCUGUGGAGGACAAAAACAGCUGGAUGGCUGAUCUUGUUAUGUUAAAUACUAAAAGUAUGUUGGAGAGGACGUUAGAUAGUAUUUUAUUAGAUGAAGAAAGGAAGCAUCCACUGAGGCUGCCACCACCGCAUUUGUAUAUAUUUGCGGAACAAGACUGUCCAGAAAAUAUAGUAUUGGAGGCUAGAGAAAACGGCGGUGUACCAUUAAUCAAAGAUCCUUCAAAGGUUUAUGGAGAGGAAGAAAAACCAAGUGGCUGCAAAGCCACUGCAAGGGAGGAUUGGAAAAGAUAUCGAAAAGAAUUUUGUCAGCCGGUUCAAUUUCGAGUGCUUAAUGUUUUAAGGCAUUGGGUUGAUCAUCAUUUUUAUGACUUUGAACAUGAUAAAGAGUUAUUAGAAAAAUUGCAAAAUUUUUUAGAACAAGUUAAUGGUAAAUCGAUGAAAAAAUGGGUUGACUCGGUGAUUAAAAUUGUUCAGAGAAAAUGUGAACCUUUUGAGCACAGACCCAUUACUUUUAGUUUUGAAAAAUCUCCACCAGCUAUUGAGUGGCAUUUAAAAGUUCCUGAAGAAGAAUGGGAAGAAAGAGGAAUCCUUACGUUGCAUCCUAUUGAAUUAGCAAGACAGUUAACUCUGUUUGAGUUUGAGUUGUACAGAAACGUAAAACCCUCAGAAAUAGUUGGAUCAGAAUGGACGAAAGACAAUAAAGAAGUAACGUCACCUAAUUUGCUAAAAUUAAUGAAGCACACGACAAAUUUUACAAGAUGGCUUGAAAAAACGAUAUUAGAAACAGAAAAUCUUGAAGAAAGAGUUGCUGUCGUAUCGCGGGUAAUUGAAAUAAUGAUUGUACUGCAAGAUCUUAAUAAUUUUAAUGGCGUAUUGGCAAUUGUCAGUGCUAUGGCAUCGGCUGCAUUGUUUAGAUUACAUUGUACGUUUCAGCAAGUACCUGCAAGAUUGUUAAAAGCAUUAGAGGAAGCCCGAGAUUUAGGCAAUGACCAUUUUAAAAAAUAUCAAGAGAAAUUACGCUCCAUCAAUCCACCUUGUGUACCAUUUUUCGGUAUUUACCUGACAAAUAUUAUUCAUAUUAAGGAUGGAAACCCUGACUAUCUUCCCGGCAAUCCUAAACUUAUAAAUUUUAGUAAGCGACGAAAAGUUGCUGAAAUAACGGGUGAAAUUCAGCAAUACCAAAAUCAACCUUAUUGUCUGUCCGUUGAACCAAGGAUAAGGCAUUUUAUUGAGAAUUUAUCGCCAUUUGAUGCAGAUAUGCCACUAGCGGAUAUCGAUCAUUAUUUGUACAAUAAAAGUGUCGAGUUAGAGCCAAGAGGAACUCGACAGCCACUUAGAGCUCCCAGAAAAUGGCCAGAUUUAAAUCUUAAAUCACCAGGAAUAAAAGCUCGAAGUAUGAGCGGUAAAUUGCCAGCUCCACUUCAAGCAAUGGCUUCUAGUGUUAGAUUACAUGAUCCAACACCAGAACCGGCGCCAGAGUUACCAGAAACUCCACCACAUAAUUCACAAAAUAUGACUCACAGUAGUGAUCACAGUGUUUUUGCGCCUAUACUACUUGGUAGUACAGGCCCACCUCCUGGAUCUCCAGGGCCAUUGAGUAUGUCUGGUCUUUCACUGGGUUCUCCAGGUAACAGUCCUCAAUUAGGAUCACCUGGACACCUUCCAUCACACCAUCAACCUCAGACAACGCAUUUUGGUUUCAAUUCUGGAACAAUAAAUAUUACGGGUGCUCUUGCUGGUCUUCCAUCGUCUAGUGGUAGCCCUGGUGCUGUUUUACCUACACCACCCUCGCCAAGUAAUAUGCCCUUAAGCCAGCCUCCACCGCCAUUGCCACCUCGGUCCCAUCGAAGACGCGAAAGCUCCAUCAGCGAGUCUCCUCAGCAGGCACGACAAGCACCUAAUGCGCCAAUUUUACCACCUCGGGAAGGAACAUCUCCGCCGCCGCCGCUUCCACCGCGAAAAGACUUACUACCAGCGACUCUUCCACCUCGACUGCCAUGCACACUAAACCCUUGCACCUCGGCACUUCUGGCCCGACGUAAUUCAACCCUUGAGGGAACAUCUCCAAAUGCGACACACCCGAGGCGGUACAUGUCUUUUAAUGGUCCAAGUCCCACGACACUUCCGCCUACUCAGCCAAACGGUUCGGUGACACCUAGGUUACCACCUAGACCUCUGCCAGGACGCCCGCCGACCAUGUUUAACUUCAACACCCCACCAGGACCUAGUUAA